UUGUCCGUGCAUUGAGAAAACAAUGGCCAAAACGACAAUCAGCAUUGCGUGCUGCCAGUUUGCGCCCGAGCUGGCCGAGCCAACCAAGAACGCUGCCAAGGCCACGCAACUGAUCUCCAGCCUCAAGCCCGGCCAGGUCCAGUUCUUGAUCUUGCCCGAGAUGGCAUUCUCAGGAUAUGCAUUUCGAAGCAAAGAACACAUUGAGCCCUUCCUCGAGGACGCAGAAACCGGUCUGACAGUCACUUGGGCGCGCGAGACGGCAAUCCGCCUGCAAUGCCAUGUCGUUGUCGGCUAUCCACGACGUGAUAAAGAGUCUGAGACCAAUUUCAACAGCUGUUGUGUGGUCGAUGCGAAAGGAACAUUGCUUCUAACCUACGACAAGCACUUCUUGUAUGAAACCGACGAAACAUGGGCCAAGGAAGGCGCUGGCUUUACCACCAUUGAAAUCCCCGAGAUUGGCAAGGUCGGAUUCGGCAUUUGCAUGGACAUCAACCCGUACAAAUUCACCGCUCCUUGGGAAGCAUUCGAGUUUGCCAAUUACCACGUUGCGGCCAACACCCGACUGCUGCUGAUGCCAAUGGCGUGGCUCGACUCAGAAACUCGCUCAAACAAUGUCUACAAUCUCCCCAACUACUGGGCAUCGCGCCUCACGCCGUUGAUUGGAAAGCCGUGUGUCGUGGUUACCUGCAAUCGGACAGGCGGCGAAGGUUCUGUGCAGUACGCAGGGUGCUCAUGUGUGGUGUCGCUGCAAAAACCAGUGCUGAUUAGCCAGCUGAACAAGAAGCAGGAGAAUGUGUUGGUGACUGAAGUAGAGCUCCCAUGAAGGAUUGAGUUUGUUGUUCGCAUCAAUAGAUUUGACCAUUUCCUGUUGAA